AUGGCGACAGCGCAGACACACAGAGAGACGUCGUUGCCAUGGCGACAGCGCAGCCACACAGAGAGUCGCUCUGCUGCCGGGUGCCGCAUGGCGGAGCUGGGAUUCUCCUCGGCCGACCUCGCGGCUCUCUCCGGACUCCUGGCGGCUGGGCGCGGCUCCCGGCCGCACGGCGAGGACGACGACGACGACGAGGAAGGGGGAGAGGAGCGUGUGUCAUCAGUCAAUCGUCUGGGUCCAGGGGACAUCGGACCAGCAAAGAAGGAGCCCAAAACCAGUGCCACUGUUAAGCCAAACAACUCAAAGGACAUCUGGGAUGAGGACGAGGUUCCAAUUGGGCCUCAGUACGAUGACACUCCUGACCACCGGCUACAGCCCCAAUAUGAAGUGCUGUUCAAGCAGAAGGUUGGGACAGAGGACAUUUUCCUGGGGAUGGGAAGAAAGGACUCAUCCACAGCCUGCUGUGAAGACAUGCUGAUCAAGGUUCAACUGCCAGGCUCAAGAUCAGCUGACAUUAAGUUGGACGUUCAUGAUACGUUUCUGGAUGUGAGGACAGAGACGUACAAACUGGGGCUGCACCUCCCGCACGCGGUGCACAGCAAGGAGGGGCACGCGCGCUUCGUGAGCGACACGCAGACCCUGGAGCUCACCCUGCCCAUGCGCCGCGAGUUCGAUUUCAUCAACUUCUCAUGAGAACCCAGUGUUCGCGUGCCGGGGCAGGGAAGAAGUGGGUAAAGGACCCAUAUCCCAUUAUGCCUAGCGUCACCUCUGCCCAAGUUUUGUUUAUUUUGUCAUUUUUUCUAAGACAACUUAUUGCAUCUGUUUAGACAAAAACGAGAACUUGUAACCCGAUUGCUACAAAAUCAAUGCUGUACACGUCUGACCCUUUGUUAUCAAUCGACAGCUGGAUGAAGGCCUCCCCACGUGGUGCAGGUCGUGGGGGUUACUUGACCACGAUUCGCCAUGCUGGUCAGUGCCCGUUGGUGAAUGCGAGGGGCAUUUUUGCUGCACUGCCCUCUGUUGACAGUCUAAUCUCAGAGCAGCCCAUGAUACCGAUGUCAUGCUUGGUGGUCGACCAUCCAAGCAUUAUCCAGGCUCAACUCUGCUUAGCUUUUGGGCCCUGAUGAGAUCGGGUGCAUUCCACGUGAUUUGGUGAUACAUAAAAGUUAAGGUAUCUUUUGCACAAGAUUUGCAAUGAAAUGCUCUCAGACUUAGCUGUUUCUCAAAGUUAACGUUACGUUGCGUAGCACCGCAGUCGGCGCGUUGCGUGUCAGGGCGCGUGCCCCGUGAAUGUGCAUACCUAACGUGUUCAUCCAUUUGUCGGAAUAUUCGCAUAUCUGCAUGUGCACAUCUUGUGAGGCUCUGCCAUCCUGUUUUAUAAUGAGCGGCCGCUUCUUUGCUUGGUCACGUGGAAGCCGAUUGCAGUUCAUGGUCUAGCUUUUGUCAAGGCCUCUGGCAUAAUAUCUCACUGCGGAGAACACCGCCCGCUGAGCUAUUGGUUCGCUUGUGCGUGUGCACAUAAAAGCAAUUGUGUGUUAUGUACAACCCACAUUGGCUCAUGCUGUAAUAAGUAAAACGUGUUUUAUUUCACUGUUGGCAUUGUACAUCAUUUUACAUCCAAGUUGUCAAACAGCGUACGAAACUAUGGUUAACGCUCGAUGAUCUGUGGGUGAGAAUUAUCGAUGUUUUCGGGAAAAUAAAAUAUCUUGACUGAGA